GAAGACCAAGAAGAGGAUGUAGAGGAGGAAGACGGGCAAGAUGACGAAGACGACGAUGAGGAGGAAGACAAGCCUGCUACUGUUCCGCCGGAGCUGCUCACGCGCCUGCUCCACGAGUUCUUCACUGCCGACGGCACUCGCAUCACCAAAGACGCCAACUCGGCCGUGGCAAAGUACAUGGACGUCUUUGUGCGCGAGGCCAUAGCGCGCUCGGCUGUCGAGAGAGCGAGCGGUUUCUUGGAGGUCGAGGAUCUGGAGAAGGUUGCGCCGCAGCUUCUACUCGAUCUAUGA